AUGACGAGAACAAAUGAUGAAGAAUAUGAUUUCUUAUUUAAAAUUGUUUUGAUUGGUGAGUUUCAUGAUUAAAGAUUUUAGGAGAUUCAGGAGUAGGAAAAACAAAUAUUCUAAAGAAAUUCAUAAAUAAUGAAUUCCAACUUGAAUCGAAGCCAACGAUUGGAGUUGAAUUUGCAACGAAGACAAUAUAACAAUCAGGAAAAUCUGUUAAAUGUUAAAUUUGGGAUACUGCAGGAUAAGAAAGGUUAGAAAAUGUGAAAAACAAUAUUUUAGAUAUAGAGCCAUUACAAAUGCAUAUUAUAGAGGAGCUGUGGGGGCAUUUAUUUGUUAUGAUGUAACAAGAGAUGUCACAUUCAGAAAUACAGAAAAAUGGUUAACAGAGUUAAAGGAACAUGCAGAUGGAAACAUUGUAAUUAUAAUGAUUGGAAAUAAAAUAGAUGCAGUUGAUUAAAGAGUAAACUUUAAUUUUUAUAUAGACUGUAAGAACAGAUGAAGCAUCAAACUUUUGUGAAUAAUAGAAAAUUGGAUUCAUAGAAACAUCAGCAUUAGAUGGUACUAAUAUAGAUGUUGCAUUCAAUAAAAUUGUAUCAAGUAUAGCAUUGUUAUAAUAUCAAAAGAUAUUUUUAAUACAAUUGGGUCUAAAAUAGUAAAGAAGGUAGUUUAAGUGGAAUCAGAACAUGUAGUAUUGUCAGAACCCAAAACAACAAAGACUUAAUCUAAAAAAAGUAGUGAUGGUUGUUGUUGA